CAUGGCAGGGGGUACUAGCAUCUGGGCGAGUAAGGAAGCCAGAACUGACCCGAGGGAGAUUUUCAACCUAAGGCUUCUUUAUCUCCUUGUAUCAGUUGCCUGGGGUGGGUGGUUCUAUGGCUUCGACACCGGCAACAUUGGAGGCAUUCUCACCUUGCCUUCAUUCGAAAAUGCUUUCGGUCUGACAAACCUACCGGAUGCAGAGGUUGACAAUCGAAAGGGAACGAUUGCUGCAAUGCUUGCGGCUGGUGGCUCAGCAGGGGCUCUCUGCGCUGCACCGACAUCAGACUUUCUUGGUCGUAAAUGGUCGGUCUUUCUAUGGGGAUUUGUCUUCGUGGUUGGUGCUGCAAUGCAGAUGGUGGCUGAUUAUGAUGUCCUUCUUGCUGGUCGCUUCAUCGGCGGCAUGGGGGUGGGAGCCAGUUCGAUGCUCACACCACAGUUUCUGGCCGAGAACUCGCCCAAGUCUGUCCGAGGAUCUAUGACUGCAACAUAUAAUCUGAUGAUCCUAGCCGGUAUAAUGCUCGCCUUUUGGAUCAACUACGGAGUAUCCUUGUGGUCAUUCCCUGGCGUCGAGCAUGAUAACGCGCAAUGGAGAACAUCGAUGGGAAUUCAACUCAUUCCCGGGGCUCUGAUGUGUCUAAUGAUACCUUUUGUCCCUGAAACCCCUCGGUACCUGAUUAACCAUGGCCGCUCAGAGCAGGGGAUCAAGAACCUAUGCCGGCUGCGGAAGCUCCCUAUCGACCAUCCCUAUGUCCAAACGGAGUACCAGGAGAUUGAGGCCCAGGUACGAUACGAGCAGGAGUGCUAUCAAGGUCAUAGCUAUUGGGUUGUGAUUCAGGAUAUCUUCCUAAUCAAAAGCAACUUCCGACGGUUUUUCCUGGCCGUUAUGCUGUUCCUAUUUCAUAAGUUCACUGGGACAGAUUCUUUAAAUUACUACGCACCAGAGAUAUUCGAGCUAAUUGGCGUUAAAGGUAGCUCCAACACACUUCUGACCACUGGGGUGUAUGGUGUGGUGAAAUUUGUUGUCACCAUCUUCUACGUGACCUACCUCGUGGAUCGUGUUGGUCGCCGCCUCCCUCUGCUCGUUGGUGCAUGUCUACAAGCAACCGCAAUGUUAUACCUCGCAUUAUAUCUCCGAUUUGCCGGCACUAACACCGACACGGUGGGAGGCACUCCUGCGGGAGGCAUAGUUGGUAUUGUAUGGAUUUACAUUUACGCCUUUGGCUGGUCAUUCGGUCACAGCGUGGCAUGCUAUGUCGUGGCUGCCGAGAUAUUCCCAACCAGAAUCAGGUCGGUCUGCAUGUCCAUUUGCUUCUUCGUCAACUGGAUCGUCGAUUACGGUAUCACGCGGGCGACACCAAAUAUGAUUACCGAGAUGGGAUGGGGCGUCUUCCUGCUCUACGCGCUAUUAACUUAUUCCGGGGUGGUGUUUAUCUUCUUCUGCCUUCCGGAGCUCAAGGGACGGUCUCUUGAAAGUAUAGAUGAUUUGUUCCAGAGACCGUUGUGGAGUAUGUGGCGACAUGCCUACCCCACAGAAGAAGAGAAGACACGCCAAGGUAUUCCGCAAUUGAUGAAGGGUGCUAAGAUUCCGGCCGUAGGGUUCGGGACAUGGAAAGCGGCGCCCGGAGAAGCUGCAGCAGCAGUGAAGACAGCGUUUGACGUUGGAUAUCGGCAUUUUGACUGCGCCCCACUAUACGGGAACGAGCGCGAAAUCGGAGAAGUAUUCAGAACCACUAAGGUACCUCGAAGUGAAUACUUCGUCACAACUAAACUAUGGUCCUCAGACCACCGCCGGGUGGAGUCUGCUCUCGAUAAAUCUCUCGACGAUCUCGGCCUCCAGUAUGUGGAUCUAUAUCUCAUGCACUGGCCAGUAACACUGGACCCAUCUUCUAACCCAGCCGAAUACGGCAAAGAGAACCGCAAAGUCCACGCAAUAGGCUGGGACUUCAGCGACACCUGGCGGGAGAUGGAGAAGCUAUUGGAGACGGGCAAAGUGCGGGCAAUCGGCGUGGCGAACUUCUCGACCGUGAACCUGGAAAGGCUGCUCCAGACAGCGAACGUGGUGCCGGCCGUUAACCAGACUGAAAUCCAGCCGUUGCUGCCGCAGGAUAAGCUGCACGCGUAUUGCCAGGAGAAAGGGAUUCAUCAAACUGCGUUUGGACCGCUGGGUGGGUCUGGGAGUACGUUGCAUUCUCAUCCGGUUAUUGUAGAUAUUGCCGCGAAGAGAGGGUGUGAUACCGGGAAUGUGAUGCUGAGUUGGGGGAUUCAGAAGGGGUGGAGUGUUGUUCCUAAAAGUACGAAUCCCAAGCGCAUUCUGGCUAAUCUUGUGGGAAAUGUUCAGUUGACGGCGGAGGAGAUGAAGUUAAUGGAUUCUUUGGCUGUGCCUAAGGGAAAGAGGUUUAAUCGGCCGGACUGGGGAACUGUGAUCUUUCAUGAUGAUGCAAACGUGGACCUGGAGGAGUAA